AUGCUACAGGACCUGCCUCAAAGUUGUGGGGAGUUUCGCCAAAGAGCUGCCUGUUCAAUGUACCAGGCGGAUUUGAGAAGCGCCCCGGCUGUUUGUGCCGCGCCAGCACCGGGCGUGGAAAAAAUGCUGCCCUCUCCUUCUUCCCAUACCGCCAAGCUCCCACGCGUAUUCAUCAUGGACCAGCUGGUGCAACCAGGAUCAACGACGUGGUUUCCGCCUGUUCCCAAUUUCUGGGACUUUCACAAGUUGAAGACUCAACUUCCUCAGCAGAGCCAGGAGACGACGAGUGCACAGCAAAGCUGCCAGGAACUGGAGACGGAGUUGUGCCUCCAACCACUUCCCUGA